AUGGCUCAACGGGGGUAUUCUUUAGCUCGCCUCUGCAUGCUAGCAGCAGCAGCAGCAGCAGCAGCAGGAGCAGCAGCAGCAGCAGGACGAUUGGAGAAUAUGCUGCAGAUCCCUGUGCCUUCCUUACAAAUAGCAGCAUUAAAGGAUAGAACUGCACAUUGGGGGGAAUCUCCAUUUGCUAGAGAGUUGCAUGUGUAUGCUCUCCUCCACCUCUCAGAAGGAGAGACACAGCAGCAGCAGCAGCAGCAGCAGCAGCAACAGCAGCAGCAGCAGCAGCAGCAGAUUAGGAAGCGCAUUUGUACUUCGUUAAGCGAGCAGCUGCAGCGAUGGCAGCAGCAACAUAUAGAACUCUUUGAGGCUGUAGAGCAGCAGCAGCAGCAGCAGCAGCAGCAGCAACUGCAACAGGAGGAGGAGCAACAGCAACAGCAGCAGCAGCAGCAGCAGCAGCAGGAGAUAACAGAUGAUGAUAUACCUAUAGAAGAACUUGUUGAUUUGCUGCAGUUGUUAGAAGCAGCAGCAGCAGCAGAUUGCUCUUCUGUGGUGUAUACGCAGCUAGAUGGAGAGUUUAAGCCCGUGCUGCGGCACUUUGUUCAAUCUCCUCUGCAGCAGCAGCAGCAGCAGGAAGAAGGUGCAAUACGUGCUGCAUUAUGGUCUGUUUCUUCAUUUCCUUUAUCUUUUCCUUCUUCUCCUUCUAUUCGUUUAUCUAUAAGUGCAGCAAUAGCAAAUGCAGCAGCAGCAGCAGCAGCAGCAGCAGCAGCAGCAGCAGCAGAUACAGCUGCAGAUGCAACUUAA